UCUGCCAGGCGCCGGUCGGGCACCAUGUCUCUGCGACUCUCCAGUGGCUCCAGGAGGGCCGGUCCCCGCCCCACCACAGGAUCGCUCAGGCUCUCCGGCGCGGGAGCCUCCUUCGGGGCUGGCAAUGCUUGCAGCAUGCCUGGGAUUGGAAGUGGCUUCUCCUGCGCCUUCGGGGGCAACGCACUGGGAGGAAAUGCAGGCGGAAGCAAUUCGUGUGCUGGCUUCUCGGUGAACGAGGGGGGCCUCCUCUCGGGCAACGAGAAGGUGACCAUGCAGAACCUCAACGACCGCCUGGCCUCCUACCUGGACAACGUGCGCGCUCUGGAGGAGGCCAAUGCGGACCUCGAGCAGAAGAUCAAGGGCUGGUAUGAGAAAUUUGGGCCUGGCUCUUGCCGGGGGCUGGAUCACGACUACAGUAGAUACCUCCCUAUAAUUGAUGAUCUCAAAAGUCAGAUCAUCGCUUCCACCACCAGCAACGCUAAUGCUGUCCUCCAGAUCGAUAACGCCAGGCUGACCGCCGAUGACUUCCGACUCAAGUACGAAAACGAGCUGGCACUUCACCAGAGUGUAGAGAGCGACGUCAACGGGCUGCGCAGGGUUCUGGAUGAAAUCACCCUGUGCAGGACGGACCUGGAGAUUCAGUAUGAAACCCUGAGCGAGGAGAUGACCUACCUCAAGAAGAACCACAAAGAGGAAAUGCAAGUUCUGCAGUGCGCCGCGGGGGGCAACGUGAACGUGGAGAUGAACGCGGCGCCCGGGGUGGACCUCACGGUCCUGCUGAACAACAUGCGGGCUGAGUACGAAGCCCUCGCCGAGCAGAACCGCCGGGACGCGGAGGCCUGGUUCAACGAGAAGAGCGCUUCGCUGCAACAGCAGAUCUCUGAGGAUGUCGGAGCCACGACCUCUGCCCGGAAUGAGCUGACUGAGAUGAAGCGCAAUCUCCAAACGCUGGAAAUUGAACUUCAGUCUCUCCUGGCCACGAAACACUCCCUGGAGUGCUCCUUGACGGAGACGGAAGGCAACUACUGCGCGCAGCUGGCGCAGAUCCAGGCUCAGAUCGGGGCCCUGGAGGAGCAGCUGCACCAGGUCCGGACCGAGACCGAGGGCCAGAAGCUGGAGUACGAGCAGCUGCUGGACAUCAAGGUGCACCUGGAGAAAGAAAUCGAGACCUACUGCCUCCUCAUCGGUGGAGAUGAUGGGGCCUGCAAGUCUGGGGGCCACAAGACCAAAGACUAUGGACCUGGAAAUACCGGAGGUCAAGUCAAAGAUCCGGCCAAAGCCAUAGUGGUUAAGAAGGUUCUUGAGGAGGUAGACCAGCGCAGCAAAAUCCUGAGCACCAGGCUCCACUCGCUGGAAGAGAAAUCCCAGAGCAAUUAGUCUGAGACACAAGAGCCAGCACACGCCAAGUCCUUUCCGAGAAGAGAAGGCGUAGCAUCAUAGAUCUGUGCUGAAAAAAUGAGCAAGUCUAAAACAAAAUCCGCCUCUUCAUCUUUCUGUUAUUGAAAUGUAAUCUCUAGCCAUCAGUAGUGGUAUCUCCCCAUUCCUCUGGAAGAAUGUCACAUACAAAUAUGAUGACUC